GGACCCCGCCAUGAGCUCCAAACUGUGGACCGAGGAGCAGUUCAACUGCCCGGUGUGUCUGGACCUCCCCAACGACCCGGCCACCAUCCCCUGCGGCCACAGCUACUGCAUGGGCUGCAUCAAGGACUACUGGAGCAAGGAGGACCCCAAGGGGGGCUACAGCUGCCCCCAAUGCCGGCAGUCCUUCAACCCCAAGCCCUCCCUGUCCAGGAACACCAUGCUGGCCGAGGCCGUGGAGCAGCUCCGCAAAGGGGCCCGCACGGCCGACGUGCGGGAGUCCAUGCGCAACGCUCGCUCCUCGUCCGGAGCCAAAGGGAAGCCCUCCUCCUCUUCCUCCUCCUCCUCCCUCUCCUCUUCGGAGGUGCCGUGCGACAUGUGCCAAGGGGCGCAGCGGGCGGCGGUCAAGAGCUGCCUGUCGUGCAUGAGCUCGUUCUGCGCCGCGCACCUGAAGCCCCACUCCACCAAGAAGGCCCUGAAGGCGCACGAGCUGAUCGCGCCCACCGCCGACCUGGCGGAGAAGAUCUGCGCGCAGCACAAGUACCUGCAGGAGUUCUACUGCCGCCAGUGCCGGAUGUUCGUGUGCUGGCUUUGCACCAGCAACCAGCACAAGGGCCACGAGUGCGUGUCCACCAAGGUGGAGCGGCUGGAGAAGCAGAAAGUGCUGUCGGAGAUGCAGACUGAGACCCAGCAGAGGCUGAAAGUCCGCGAGCAGGAGCUGAAGGACAUGAAGAAGAUGAUGGAGGGGAUGAAGCGCUCCGCUGAGCGGGUCCACGGCGACACGGAGCAGACGUUGGCGGAGCUGCAGCGCUCCGUGGAGCGGCUGCAGGAGCUGCUGGAGGAGGCGCUGGAGCAGGCGGGCCUGGAGAAGAUGGGCCAGGCCCAGGAGGUGGUCGACAGCCUGGAGGCCGAGGUCCAGGAGCUGAAGAGCAGGGAGACGCAGAUGAGAGACCUGUUGCUCUGCGAGGACAACAUCCGCUACCUGGAGGGAUGCGAGUCGGUGUGCAGCCCGCUGGAGUCGGGCGAGCUGCCGGCCGUGACGGUGAACCCCGAUGCGUCCUUUGAGCCGAUGCGGGACGCCAUCCUGGACCUCCGGGACCGGGUGGAGGACCUGUGCAACCAGGAGCUGGGCAAGAUCACCAAGCAAGUCAACGACGUCACUCUGUUCACGCUGAAGGACUCCAAUCGGAACGCAGGGACGAAAGGAGGGAUUUUAAAAUUGUUCGGUCUGGGCCCUCGCACCACAAGCAGCCGUCCUCCAGCGGCUACGCCCAGCAUCACGGUGGGAGGAGUGCGGGCCGCCGACAGAAGAGGUAUCGGCCUCAAGAGUCAAGACGUGAGGAGCAGAGACGCCCCCCCGAGAGCAGACAGAGGAAACAUGAGCUCGCCCAGACUCCAAGACCGGCAGAGGAGAGAGGAGCGGGAGACGGUGAGGGAGACCAACCCAAAGCCGAGACCCAGCCCCACUCCCAGUCCCAGACCCAGCCCCACUCCCAGCCGCAAGGAGUCUCAGUCCCCGUCUCUCUGGAGCAGGUCCAGCCAGAGCCUGGCUGUCCCGACUCCAGCCCCGGCCCCGAGCCCGGUUCCAGCUCCAUCCGGAGGUACAACACCAGCCGUUUGCUGCCACCGACAAAAGAAAGGUUCAGGCGCGAGUCUAACACCCAUCUCCCCCUCCAUCUCCCCCCCAGGAUCCGGUUUCAGCCGGAUGUCGUCCAUCAGCAGCCUGUUCCGCUCCCAUCGGCGCGGCACCACCGCGGCCACCCCGGCGUCAGAGGGAGGAAACCCAUGGGGGAUGGCCGCACUGUCCGAAACACCGGCAGAAAUUAACCCGGGCCUCUUCUUGGACCUGCCCACCCCGGUCUCUGCGAUGCACUCGCCCGCUUUCCCUGCACUGAGGGAGAUCAGCCUGGACAGCAUCCAGGCCCCGGAGCCCCGGAGCCGGGAGGACUUCCUGCAGUACGCCGUGACCUUGACCCUCGACGCCGACACGGCCCACCGGCGGCUGCUUCUCGCCGAGGGCGACUCCAAAGCCACCCUGCAGCCGGCGGCGCAGCCGUACCCCGACACCCCGCAGCGCUUCGACGGCUGGACCCAGGUGAUGUGCGUCAGCCCGCUGUGCGCCCAGCGCUGCUACUGGGAGGUGGAGUGGCGGGGGCGGGGAUCCUCGAUGGGCGUGACCUACGGCGCCGUGGCGAGGAAGGGCACGGCCGCCCGCUCGGGGCUGGGCUACAACGCCCAGUCCUGGACCCUGGAGCUGUCGGACGCCUGCUGCUCGGCCAUGCACGACAACGAGAAGCGGGACAUCCCGGUCACCUACUCCCCCCGCCUGGGCCUCUACUUGGACCAGUCCACGGGGACGCUGGCCUUCUACAGCGUGGCGGAGAGCAUGACGCACCUGCACAGCUUCCACGCCAACUUCACGCAGCCGCUGUACGCCGCCUUCGGGGUGGGCAGCGGGGUCGGGGUGGGGCUGGACUUCGCCCUGGGUCAGUUCAGCUCCAGCUCCGACAGCAUCAAGCUCUGCGCCAUGUGAGCGGCGAGAUCAAGUUUGAGCCGACAUGGCGUUGACGAAAAGUACGAGUAAUAAACCGAUAGGUGAGUCGGCAGUUUUGUUUCCAUUGCUUUAAAAAAAAAAAAAGAGGCAACAGAAUAAUAGCCAUGAGUAGUUUACAGAGGACGAUGACCUUAAAGGGGAGGCAUGAGAAACACACACACACACCUGAACCUCCUGCUUUACUGGAUAAACAGGGGAUAUGACAACUAAUCUAAAAGUGCCUUCUUUCCCCUUUUAAACUUCGACAAACAUACAUUAAAUUUAAAAAAAGCUUUGUUCAAUAAGUUUUUUUGCAUAAAAAUCACAAACACAUUUGUAUUUCGUUCCUUGAAAAAUAUAAAAGCAUCACUUUUGGUUUCGUUUGGAUUGCCCUUCUGCGGGAAAGCACAUUAAAACAUGUCAAAAUGUUAGCCACGGUUUUUACAGUGUUCUCAUGUGUUUAUUAUUAUUAUAUGUAUACUUUGAAUAGUUGUGUCACUAAAACAAAAGGUUAGACACAAAAAGUUAAAGUGCGAUGGCGGACCGGGAGGUCUGGUGGGAUGACGUCAUCUAAAAGCUGAAAUUACAGGAUAUAAACAAGUCAUUUGGAUGAACUGUCGUUAUGCUCUGCUGCAGGAACACUGCCCCCUGCUGGCCAGUGUGUGAACCAUAUCAACAAUGUGAUCUACAACUAAAUAAAGUGUGAAGCGCUUUCCUCCUUUAA